GUCUAUUGAUGGUGUCGUUGAAGCUCUGCCGUUGCGCUAUCGGCCCCUUACGUCCGGCUAAAGCAGAUAGAGGCAGCCUACUCGUGUUUAUUCAUGAUGCCAUCGUAGCCUGUGGAAACUAAUGACGUUCAAUUGAUUGCGAAACGGAGAUGAGUAGAUAUCGUGUUCAUUUAUGAGGCCGUUGUGUAGCUGGUGACGAAAUGAAAUGACGUCAAACGGCGUGUGAAAUGGAGCUCCGUGCUUCAUGACGAGGAGGAGCCAAUCGUGAUCCUCUUAGUUGCUCCUCUUAAAGCUCAAUUAGUGCUCCUAGCGCGUUAACUUUCCUCGGAAACUACUCCCCAUGCCGAAAAAGAACCCCAAGUCGAAACGCGCGGCGGCGAAAUCCGCCGCGCAGCACGCCGAGGAUGACGAGCCGCCGUCCUUAUCCAUCGCGGCGGUCGCGCGCGCCGCGUCCGAAGCCGUGGCGGCAGACCUAAUGUCGGCGGCAGAAUCCAUGUCUGCCGAUCGACUGCGCGCCGAUGGCGUCAUCUCCGCUCUCCCCGCAAUCUCCGUCUCCGUCCCCGGCGGCGUCGCCGCCGCUUCCGCCGCGAAUGACGGCGCCGGCGUCGCCAUCGCUGCCGGUGGCCGAUCCAGAAGCCUGUCCGUCUCGCCUGCCGGUAGUCCGUCAGCCAUUGCUGCCGCCGCGACUGCCGCUACAGGAGUUGGUUUCACGGCUAAGAGUAACCUAGCUUCCAGUCCCCGUAGCGCCAGCGGCGGCGGCGGAGGCGGCGGAGGCGGCGGGAGUGGGGGGGGGACGGGGAGGAAGCUCCGUGUGGGGCGGCAGCGAUCUUGGCUGCCACGUGGCAGCCCGUCAGCGGCGCAAGCAGCGUCAGCGAGCUCGCCGUUUACAUCGACCCCCUGGCCCAUGUGCAGAUUCCGCCUCUCCACGCUUCUCGAGAUUGCCUUUUCCUUCCUCCUCCUCUUCGUCACCCUCCUGCUGCACCGGGGGGGCUGCCUCUCCCCCUCCUCCCCCGCCUUCCCCCACUGCUGGCGCAACCUGGGGGUCUCCCUCCCCCCAUCCCUCCGCCCACCCCUCCGCUCUGCCCUGCAAGGGGGAAGAGAGGGGGCAGGAAGGGGAGCGCAAGGAGAGGGCAGGGAUGAGGGAAGGUCGGAUUUACAACAGCCGGCAGUAUUGGAGCAUCCAGUCACAGGAAAUGGCGAGCCAGGGAGGGGUGUGGGGGGAGAUUCAGGGGGGGAGGAAUGGGGAGGUCAAGCGGAAGGGGAGGCGGAGCAUGGGGGAAGGAGGAGGGGGGACGAGUGGGUGCUGAGGCCUGACGAGAGGUUCAUGUGGUUCGCCAGCCACGGCGGAUUUGGUAACCAGGUGAUUCAACUGGUGUGGGGCCUUCGACUGGCUGGUCUCUUAAACCGCACGCUGAUCAUCCCUCCCAAGCUCUCGCACUUUGCCAAGUCGUCGGGAAUUGGGCGCUGCGACCGCAACCCCACCAAGCCGGACAGGACGAGGCACGAUGCAUGGGGGCAUUAUUCCGACAUGAUGCGAGGAGGGAAGGGCUAUGUGUCCAUGUCCGAUGUGCUCGAUUUCAAGACUCUGCCACCCGCCCUCAUCCGCACCAUUGAUCUGCGGCACUUCGCCGCCCGGUUCUGCCACUGUGACGUGGCUGCGGCUUGCUAUGGCACUGGGUGCAGGGAGCUGACUCACGCUCAUAACCAUGAUGCCCACUCACGUAAGGACGACAAGUGCAUGUGGGAGUGUGGGGCCAAGCUAGGGGCGCAGGGGGGGGCGAGUAAGAAGUGGAAGCAGCAGGGGGUGCUGUUUCCCAUUGAUAACACGUGCAAGGAUACCCUUUGGACAAUUGGCAACUAUGCCAGUCUCAAGGACCUGGUGGCAGCAGUGGGGGAGAAGGAGCCAGCAGUGCCCGCCUUUGCACACAUCAACGUGAAGCGCAACCGCAACGAGCCAGUGCCACUCAACAUCUAUUCCACCCUCGGGGACUUGUCUCCUGCCAAGGACAGCAAGGUGCUGGCCUUUCCCUCGCUCUUCCAUCCGCGCAUUGCUGACAUCAACCUGGAGUGGGACGACCGCGUGCAAGCGAUUAGAGAGGCCCCCGUAUCAAUGCCCUUCACGCCCCCCAUAAUGGAUCUGGCGCGUGAUUUCAUCUACAGCAGCAUCGGGCGUCCCUUUGGGUGCAUGCAAGUGCGGGGCACCGACGGCAUGUUCGUCAAGUCGCUAAAGAACACUCUUAAAGAUGCAGAAGCGACGCUAAAAGAGAUGCUUAAGCGCAACCCCAAAGCCCACGCCCCGCCUCUCAAGUUCCCCCUUUUCCUUAUGACCGACAUUCCCAAAGCCUCCUGGAAAGGAACCUUCCUAGAGCACCUUGGUGAAUUUCCUGUAGAGCUGUUUACUGUGGACGGCAUAAUGGGGAGGGUUAACACUGUAGCGAGGACGAUAUUAACGGAGGAGAUUGGGCUGUAUGCGAACAGGGGGCAGGUGCACCUGACUGCUAACGGGGCUGCUAGUAUGGGGGAUGGCACUGCUGGUGGUGGCGGUGUUGGACCCCAGACUCCAAAACGACAAGGUAGGCGAAGGCUGGCAUAUGGAGGGGAGGGUGGCAGAGCCAAGCACAUGCAAAGAGCAGAGGAUUUUGUGGGAUUGCAAGAAGUGAAGGGAGUGGGUGAGUCAGGGAAACUGGAGGAACUGGCAGGAAGGCGCAGGCUAGGAGGGGAGGAGGGGAGGGUGGAGGAGCUAGAGGACAUUGUGCUGUUUGUGGAGCAGGCGAUCUGCUGCCACGCCACCUUGGGCACGUUCACCACCUUCAAGUCCACUGCUGGGAGCCUCGUGCAUGCGCUGAGGCGGGCGGGUAACUGUGUGGUGGAGGAGGAGGCGUUCAGAAAGCAGGGCAGAUAGAGCACGAGGAGAUUGAGGCCAUUCAGCAGGCCAUCUUCUGCCACACCACCUUGGGCACGUUCACGACUUUCAAGUCCACUGCGGGGAGUCUGGUGGUGCAUGCUCUCAGAAGCGCUGGAAUUGUGUUGUUGAGGAGGAGGCUUUCAGAAAGAAGGGCAGGUAAGGGUAUGAGAGCACUUGGCGUCUGGCAGCAGCAACCAGCCUUGUGCAUGUGCUGAACCUCGACUGUGAUACGGUUUUUAGAAGUCUAAAAAACCUAUCUGCUGAGCCUCGUGCAUGUGCUGAGGCGGAUGGAAGCGCUGUGGUGAAGGAAGAGCCGUUCAGAGAGCAGGGAGGGAGGGAGGAGGUGAAGCGGGGGCGGGGGGGAGGGGGGAAGGGAGGGACAACACUCAACAGAGUUUCGUGGUGGUUGUCUCGCUUUUCAAGUCCACUGCAGGGAGUCGGAUGCAUGCGCUGAGACCGCCUGGGAACAGUUUUUGAGGCGCCUACAAAACGGUUGGGAACUUGGGAACUGUUGUGGAGGUGUUUAGGAACGAAGGGAGGGGGGUGGAUGAGGGGUGAUGGACGGAUCAUAGGACGGAACGGGCCUUGCAAGUUGCAAGCUGUGUAAUGUGGUAUUGUUGGAAUGGGAGUGACUCAAGAAGGGCUGUGUGGACAAUAUGU